UCUCUGUCUUUUUUUUUUCCACCUCCCUUUUCCCUUUAAAACCUUUUGUGUAUUUAUAAACAUCAUCAUGUUCAAGUCAGUUCGUUCCGUUACUGGUAUGGCCGCACGCGCCUCCAAGAUUGUCCGUCAACCCACUCAACAACAACAAAAACGUUUUUUGAACAUUCACGAAUACUUGUCUGUUGAUGUUAUGAGACAAUAUGGUAUCAAUGCUCCCAAGGGUGCCGUUGCAAAGUCUCCUGAAGAAGCUUUUGAAGUUGCCAAGCGUUUAGGUUCUGAUGAUCUUGUUAUCAAGGCUCAAGUUUUGGCUGGUGGUCGUGGCAAAGGUCAUUUUGAUAGCGGUUAUAAGGGUGGUGUCAAGACUUUCUCUACACCUGAAGAAGCCAAGGCUCUUGCUGACAAGAUGAUUGGUCACAAAUUGAUCACUAAGCAAACUGGUGCUGAAGGCAAGCCUUGUAAUGCUGUGUAUAUUUGUGAACGCAAGUAUGCUCGUAAUGAAUACUAUUUUGCUAUCUUGAUGGAUCGUCAAUCUGCUGGUCCUGUCCUUGUUGCUUCCUCUCAAGGUGGUAUGGAUAUUGAAGCUGUUGCCAAGGAAAACCCUGAUGCUAUUGUUACCUUACCUGUGGAUAUCAAAAAGGGUCUUUCUCGUGAAGAUGCAAAGGCUUUGGCUCAAAAGAUUGGUAUUAGUCAAGUUGCUCAAGAUGAUGCUGCCGAAACCUUCAUGAACUUGUAUAAGCUCUUCACUGAACGUGAUGCUACUCAAGUUGAAAUCAAUCCUUUGUCAGAAACCAACGACCAUCAAAUUCUCUGUAUGGAUGCCAAGUUGAACUUUGAUGACAAUGCUGAAUUUAGACAAAAGGAUGUGUUUAACCUUCGUGAUUUCACUCAAGAAGAUGCUCGUGAAAUUGCUGCUGCCAAGCACAAUCUCAACUACAUUGGUUUGGAUGGAAGCAUUGGUUGUUUAGUGAACGGUGCUGGUUUGGCAAUGGCUACUAUGGAUAUUAUUCAACUUCAUGGUGGCAAGCCCGCUAACUUCUUGGAUGUUGGUGGUGGUGCUACUCCUGAAGCUGUCAAGGCUGCUUUUGAAAUCAUCACUUCUGAUCCUCAUGUUUCCUCUGCCUUUGUCAACAUCUUUGGUGGUAUCAUGCGAUGUGAUGUGAUUGCUGAAGGUAUCAUUGCCGCUGCCAAGGAACUCGACAUGACCAUUCCUUUGGUUGUUCGACUCAAGGGUACUAAGGUUGAAGAAGCCAAGAAAUUGAUUGCCGAAUCAGGUCUCCGUAUCUUCGCUGUCGAUGAUCUUGAUACUGCUGCUCAAAAGGUUGUCAACUUCUCCAGUAUUGUGACUCUCGCUAGAAAGGCUGAUAUCAAUGUCAAAUUUGAUUAAAUCCAUUUAUUGCUUUUGUUUUAGUUUACUAUUUAUUUAUCUUACCCUGUGUUUGACCUUUUUUUUCUUUCUUUCUUUUUACAUACAAUAAAGAUGUUUUAUAUAUUUAUAUUCU